AUGUGUUGGAUCUCUUGGGAUAAGCUUACUCUCCCGAAGAGCGCGGGUAGUCUUCGAUUUAUAGAAAUUGAAGAGUUUAAUGAUGCUCUCUUGGCAAAGCACACAUGGAGACUGCUGAAAGACCCUUCCUCCCUGCUGGGACAAACCCUCUUGAACAAGUACUGUUGCUAUGAAGAUUUGCUCACGGUAUCAGCCCCAAGCUCUGCCUCGCACAGCUGGAGAGGGAUAUUAGCAUGUAGAGAGAUCAUAAGGAAGGGAAUGGGUUGGGUAGUAGGAGAUGGAGAAACUAUCAAGAUAUGGAGGGAAGACUGGCUAUCUACGGAGGAGCAAGCACGCCCUGUUGGACCCCCAACUCUCUCAUCACAAAACCUGACAAUCAAUGAGCUAUUCCGGAGGCACUCGACGGAAUGGAAUUUAGAGAAAAUCAAACUCCACUUACCUUAG